CUCCCCCGCCGCCCGCCGCCGCCCGCUAGGGGCUAGAGGCGGCCGCCGGGAAGGCGCGCGGCGCCGGAGACAUGUCCAGGAGAAAACAGAGCAACCCCCGGCAGAUCAAGCGUUCCCUUGGAGACAUGGAGGCUGGAGAGGAUUUGCAGGCCUCGGAUGCCAGCCUCACAGAGCAGGAACCUGAGGUACCUGAGCCCCUGAGCCCUGCCAGAACAGAUGCUAAUUCACCGCCACCACCCCCCACAUCCCCAGGAGACCCUGAGGAGAAGGCAGGGCCGGACCCAGAGCCCAAGCCUCAGGAGGAAGCUGAGGGAGAGCCACGCAGGCCCUGGAGCGGCCCAGAUGAGCUGGAGCUGGUGCUGCAGGACGGGCAAAGACACGUGCGGGCCCGACUCAGCCUCGCAGCGGGCCUGUCCUGGGGCCCAUUCAGCGGAGACAUCCAGACCAGAGCCUCAUCCCCUGGGCAGGCAGAACCGAGCCCAUCCCUGACCCUGCUGCUGGUGGAUGAGGCCUGCUGGCUACGGAUGCUGCCCCAGGCCCUGACCCAGGCUGAAGCCAACUUGGAGAUCUACAGGAAAGAUGACACCCUCUGGUGCAGGGUCACCAAGCCAGUGCCCGCAGGUGGACUCCUGAGUGUGCUCCUCACAGCUGAGCCCUGCAGCAGCCCCAACCACCCUGUGAAGGAGGAGCCAGCAGAGCCUGCAUGCCCGGCCCCUGUGCACAGCGACAUCCAGCUCUUGCCCCAGCAAGCUGGGAUGGCGUCUAUCCUUGCCACAGCCAUCGUCAACAAAGACGUUUUUCCCUGCAAGGACUGCGGCAUCUGGUAUCGGAGCGAGCGCAACCUGCAGGCCCACCUCCUGUACUACUGUGCCAGCCGCCAGAGCACUGGCUCCCCGGCCACGGCAGCCAUGGAUGAGAAGCCCAAGGAGACCUACCCCAAUGAGCGCAUCUGCCCCUUCCCACAAUGCCGAAAAAGCUGCCCCAGUGCCAGCUCCCUGGAGAUUCAUAUGCGCAGUCACAGCGGGGAGCGGCCAUUCGUGUGCCUGAUCUGCCUGUCGGCCUUCACCACCAAGGCCAACUGUGAGCGGCACCUCAAGGUGCACACAGACACGCUGAGCGGUGUUUGUCACAGCUGUGGCUUCAUUUCCACCACAAGGGACAUCCUCUACAGCCACCUGGUCACCAACCACAUGGUCUGCCAGCCUGGCUCUAAGGGUGAGAUCUACUCGCCAGGGGCUGGACACCCAGCUGCCAAGCUGCCCCCAGACAGUCUGGCCAGCUUCCAGCAGCACCCGGCCCUGCAUGGCCCUCUGGCCUCCAAGGACCUGGGCCUAGCACCCACUUCAUCGCCAGGACUGGACAGGAAGGUUGUGGCUGAGGCCACCAAUGGAAUCGCCCCCCAAAAUGGGGGCACCGGCGAGCCACCAGCAGCCCCCAAGAGCAUCAAGGUGGAGGCAGCAGAGGAGCCCGAGGCAGCCCGCGCCCCCGGCGACCCAGGGCCCCAGGCCCCGUCGCGGACCCCAUCGCCCCACAGCCCAGCCCCAGCUAGGGUGAAGGCCGAGUUGUCCAGCCCUACUCCUGGCUCCAGCCCAGUGCCCGGGGAGCUGGGGGUGGCGGGGGCCCUCUUCGUGCCGCAGUACGUGUUUGGGUCUGAUGCAGGCGCGGCGCCCCCGGCCCCCGUGGCGCCCCCGGCCUCAGAGAUCCUGGCCAAGAUGUCCGAGCUGGUGCACAGCCGGCUGCAGCAGGGCGCAGGGGGCGCGCAGGCCGGCCUCUUCGCGGGGGCCCCCAAGGGCGCCACGUGCUUCGAGUGCGAGAUCACCUUCAGCAACGUCAACAACUACUACGUGCACAAGCGCCUCUACUGCUCUGGCCGCCGUGCGCCCGAGGAUGCGCCCUCAGUGCGCAGGCCCAAGGCGAACCCCGGCCCGACCCGCGCGCCCCCCGGCCCUCCCGGAGAGACCGACCCGGCGCGCUCGUCGCCGGGCCCCGGGGCGCGCGAGGACGGCGCGGGCGGUGCAGCCACGCCGGAGGACGGGGCGGGCGGCCGGGGCAGCGAGGGCAGCCAGAGCCCCGGCAGCUCAGUGGACGACGUGGACGACGACCCCAGCCGCACACUGUGCGAGGCGUGCAACAUCCGCUUCAGCCGCCAUGAGACCUACACGGUGCACAAGCGCUACUACUGCGCCUCGCGCCACGAUCCACCGCCGCGCCGCCCGGCCGCACCCCCAGGACCAGCGCCGGCCGCGCCCCCCGCCCCUCCCGUGCGCACGCGCAGGCGCCGAAAGCUUUACGAGCUGCACGCGGCUGGCGCCCCGCCCCCCGGCUCGGCCGGACCCGCCCCGCCCGCUCCCGAGCCCCCUUCGUCGCCGCGGCCCGGAAGCGGAAGCGGCGCCGGACCCGCCCCUGCGUGCUCGCCCGGACCCACCGCUGACGGCCCCAUAGACCUCAGCAAGAAGCCGCGGCGCCAGGCGCCGGCUCCCGGGCCCCCAGCGCUGGCCGACUAUCAUGAAUGCACGGCGUGCCGCGUGAGCUUCCACAGCCUUGAGGCCUAUCUGGCGCACAAGAAGUACUCGUGCCCUGCCGCGCCGCCGUCGGGCGCGCUCGGCCUGCCCGCCGCCGCCUGCCCGUACUGUCCGGCCGGCGGUCCAGUGCGCGGGGACCUGCUGCAGCACUUCGGCCUGGCUCACGGCCUGCUGCUGGGCGCGCCUCUGGCCGGCCCGGGGGCCGAGGCCCGGACGCCGGCCGAGCGCGGCCCCUCGGCCGCCGCCUCGCCCUCACCCUCGCCCGCCGCCUCUCCUCAGCCCGGGCCCCGCGGCCUCCGAGACGGCCUCGGCUCAGAGCCCCCAGAGCCGCCGCUCGGCCCGGCCAGCGGCAGCCCCCGGCCCGGCCCGCCCCCGCCCCCGUCGCCGCCGCCGCCGCCCUCUCACUCGGACAAGGGCGUCCAGACCCCCAGCAAGAGCGCGCAGGCGCCGGUGCCCAACGGCAAUCACAGGUACUGCCGUCUGUGCAACAUCAAGUUCAGCAGCCUGUCCACUUUCAUCGCCCACAAGAAGUAUUACUGCUCCUCGCAUGCCGCCGAGCAUGUGAAGUGAGCGCCACACUACAGACUGCGCACGCUUUGCACGCCGCUCCGCCCGGGAAGCUUACCAAACACAGGCCUUGGCAGAGGGGCUGCCGGGGGCAGCGCCGCCCGGACCCUUGGCACUUAAUAAAGAAGUUCAAUUUGAUGGGCACAGCGGCGGAGCAGGCUGGUUCUCUGAGCACAGGGGCCCGCCAAUACACAGCCAGGGCCUCAGGUGCCCUCUGUGUACCCAUCAUCGCUCCUGGUUUGCACACAGGCCCCUGCUGGAGCCGCACAGCUGGGGGUCGUAGGAGCUGGACAGGCCUUGGGCCAGUCUGAGGCCACAGUAUGCGUUCUAACCACUUCCCUGCCCUGCUGCUCUGGACCUCUCACUGCUGCCUCCCUCCAAGAUUCAACCGGCAGCGCUGGCUUGGCCACGGGGCACUAGAAAAGUGUCAUCCUGGUCUGGCCAGCCACCCUCCCACCUGCUUGGUGCCUGGGCAUGGCCUGUCCAGUCUCAGACGCCAGGGACUGCAAGGAUAGUGUGUCACGGGGAGGGGGAAGCCCUGUGAUCACUAAGGCUGGGGAGAGAACAGGAAGUGGGAUGGGGGAGACUAGAACCCAGAGCAUCCAUCGGCCAUGAGGGGGCAAGUCCUGACCCAGUGCCAGCAGGUGCACCCUGCCUCCUUAGAGCCAGGGCUGGUGGGCCCCUGUGAUGGCUGUGUCAGCGCAGGGCCAGGGCACCCCACCCUAUCUGCUUUACCUCACUAGGCUCUGGGGACUGCACAGGCCCCACUGGAUUAAGGGGAUGCUUUAGUAAACUUAGCUGACCACACUA